AUGUCUUUGGAGUCCACGUUACUAGAAAAAAGAGUAACGGAGGCAUUUGAUGUCUUUGACAAUGCCAGAAGUCACGAAGUUGACGUUCGCGAAUUGGUUCCGAUACAACAAACUGUUUCAGGGUGUGUCAUUACUGAGGCGGAGUUGCAGGAAAUACAAGUUGAAGUCGAAGAUGUUGAAAAUAAUUGUGUGCCACAGGCUAGAUUUGUGGAGUUUAGGCCAUCGGAACCGGAAGAUUUGCUAAAAGCUUUUCAAUUGCUGGAUCCUGAAAAUCGUGGGUUCGUAACGAGAGAAUUUAUGGAGAAGGCAAUGAUGGAAAUUGGAGAGCCAUUUUCCAGAAAAGAAAUUGAUGAAAUGAUGGCUAUAGCUUGCGACGCAGCCACAAAUAGAAUCUAUUAUGAGCAUUACAUUCAUUUGCUUAUCUUUUAUAGAAAAAAGUGA